CCCGCCCCCAACCGCGGCCCCUCCUCUGGCUCCUCCCUCGGCGCCUCCCUCGCCCCACCGCCCUCUCACUCCGCCAAAGCCCCCAAGCCCUCCCGUAAGGUUAUCCUCACCCCGGGCCACUCGCCGCUCGACUGGGCGCGCAUCUCCGGCCCCAACGCCGACCUGCGGAACCUGCCCCCCGACACCCCCUACCUCAAGGUCACACCCUCCCAGCUCAAGAUCAUGAACGGCCGCAAGGGCAAGGACGCCUGGAUGGCGCUGGGCGGCCGCGUUUACAAUAUAACCCCCUACCUGCCCUACCACCCUGCCGGCGUACCCGAGCUGCUCCGGGGCGCCGGACGAGACGGCACCAAGCUGUUUGGCGAGAUACACCCAUGGGUCAACUACGAGACUAUGCUUUCCGCCUGCCUUGUCGGGCUCUUAGUUGAGGAGGGCGAGGGUUCCAGGCCGAGUGCGAUGGACGAGAUGGACUGA